AUGCACAUUCUCCCGCUUGCUGCGAGGGAGGCCAGCGCUUGCCUGCUCUCCUGGCCUGCACUGAGCUCUCUCCUGGGGCCCGGGACCCGCAGCCUGCGUGGUGCUCGGGUGCUGCUAGUGCCAUGUGAGGCGCUCACAGGGCUGCUCAGUGGAGCACAGCUGGUCAUAGAACUGCGGGAAGACACUGAGUUGCUUCAGGACACCAUAAAUAGCUGGAACUCCACCGAUAUCCCUGACUUCAUCCUCCUGGGGCUGGCAGAUACUGCAGAGACACAGCUGGGCCUCUUCCUGCUCUUCCUCCUCAUCUACCUGGUCACAGUGCUGGGGAACACAGGGAUGAUCCUGAUCAUUCGCCUGGACCCCCAGUUGCACAAACCCAUGUACUUUUUCCUCACUCACCUGUCUGUCCUCGACCUCAGCUAUUCCAGUGUCAUCACCCCUAGAACCUUACAGAACUUAGUGGCUUCAACCAAGAGCAUCUCAUUCCUGGGCUGCUUCACCCAGAUGUACUUUUUUAUAUUCUUUGCUACUGCCGAAUGCUUUCUCCUCUCCUCCAUGGCCUAUAACCGCUAUGUGGCUAUUUGCAUCCCUUUACGCUAUCCAUUUGUUAUGUCCUCGAGACUGUGCUAUGUGCUGCUCGCUGGUUCUUAUGUCCCUGGUCUUGUAGAUUCCACUGUGAAUGUGAUUUUAAUAAGCAGUCUGCAUUUCUGUAACUCUAAUGUCAUCAGUCACUUUUUCUGUGACCUCUCUCCCAUUUUAGCCUUGUCCUGCACUGAUACUUCAGGUAUUGAACUUGUUAUAUUAGUUUGUUCUGCAUUCAGCUCACUGUCUCUCAUCAUCAUCUCUGCAUCCUAUGCGUCCAUCUUCUACACUAUACUGAAAAUUAACUCCACUGCAGGAAAGCGGAAAGCCUUCAACACCUGUGCCUCCCACUUCCUGGGUGUCACCCUCUUUUACAGCACUAUACUCUUUACUUACUUUAAAUUCAAGCAGUCCUACUCCCUGGGCAAGGAUCAGGUGGCCUCUGUGUUUUACACCAUUGUGAUCCCCAUGCUGAAUCCCCUCAUCUACAGCCUCAGGAACAGAGAGGUGAAGAACGCUGUCCUUAGAAUCUGCAGAAAAGAGAUAGCUCCAGGUCAUUAA